AUGAAUGAUCAUAUCGUUAACGAUUUUAUGAACAAGGUUCAAACGAAAGCAAAACCAAGUUUUCGUAUACAAACUCUUAUUGGUGAUGAUGACAAUGUUGAAGGUGAAGAAAAUGGACGAAGAACAACGCAUCAGGUUCAGAUGCGAAAGUGCUGUUCGUUUAAAGUUAAAGAUAUACUUGGAAGUCAAAUAGCAGUGGAAAGUAAAGGUUCUGAAGAAAAGCAGAACUGCUCAAAUGUCGAACAAGGAAUCCCUUCGAUAUCUUCUUCAAAAAGUUCCCUGAUUAAUAGUGUGGAAAUUCAAAAACCGAAAAAUAUAGUCAAUAUCACGAAUCAAGAGGAAUCGUUAUCAGUGAUGUUGGCUGAAGUAAAUGAGAACCGUCCACCGACUCCUUUGACACCAUCGCUUGAUCCAAAAUUGUUGAAGAAAUUUGAAGAAGAAGAUCGGCCGAAACGUGUUUUGAGGGCUUCGACUAUAGCAGCAACUCGUAAUUCAAAUUUAAAUGCCAUUAAAGUAAAGACGAAUCGAAGAACUGGAAGUUUCUCGACGAGUUUUCGUCGUAUUGUUGAUAAUGUAAAGCAAAAUACGACAAAGAAUCUCAGAAAAGCAUCCAUUAAGGAUAAUGAGUCAGCAGUGACCUAUAACACUCAGUUGGAGAUCAAAAUAGAUGAAGAUUGCGAAGUGUGCACUCCAUCCACUAGUGGUGUUAGUAGCAUUUCGAGUACGUCAAGUAAUGGAAAUUUUUCUCGCCAUACGAAAAGAAAGAAAAAAGGAAAGGGUGCUGAUUUAUUGACAACGACAAUCAUUUCAAACUGGCAGCCUACCGGUGAAGGGUUUCGUCGACCGAUAUAUUUGCGAAAUGACACAAUGCCAGUUAAACGAAUUUGUUUUAAAGAAGUAAGGCAUCGUUAUGAGCCAGAAAUUCUUCGAAUUGGUGAUUCAGUAAUUGUAAAAUCAGAUAAUUCCACAACCAAUCUGGGACGUAUAAAUCGUAUUUAUCUUGAUGCGCAAACAGGAUCUCUUAUGGCAACAGUGGUAUGGUACUACAAACCAGAUCAAAUCGAAUUAGAUCACAAUUCAGUGCAACCUGCAAUUGAUUGUAAGGAAUUGUUUGCUUCCCGCCACAUCGACAGUAUCCCUUUGGAAUCAGUUGAAGAAAUCAUUUUUGUGACUACAUUCAAUGAAUAUGUUAGAUACAUGACAGAAAAUAAGAUUGAUAGUCUACCGAGAGCUCAAUGUCCAACAGAAGAAGAUGAAAUUUGGCCAAGGGGAGAAGUGGAUUACCCAAGACGUAAAUUCCUACCUUGCGAGGAUACUCCCGUCGAAUUGGUAUAUUUUUGCCGUCGAUUGUACGAUUUCAAGAAUAAGAAAUUAAUAUUUGGCACAUAUAAUGUUAAAAUGGCAGAGCCUCAACGUCGUCAUGCUACUUAUUAA